UGGGCUAUAUCAAAACCACAAGUUCUAAUGUACCGUGUUGCUUGAGAUCUUAACACUUCCCUUCAGACCAUUACUGAACAAUCAUCGUCUCUUGGUGACAGAAGAGAAGAGUUAAGGUAAAGAGCGAAAAAUGGCAGCACAUGCACUUGUCUCUUCUUCACUUACCUCCUCUGUUCAAACAGCUAGACAGAUAUUCGGCACAAAACCAGUUGUGUCCGUGAGGAAGACUUCCUUUGUUGUUAAGGCUGCCUCAACUCCACCUGUCAAGCAAGGAGCAAACAGACCAUUGUGGUUUGCAUCUUCACAAUCUCUGUCUUACUUGGAUGGCAGCUUACCUGGCGACUAUGGAUUCGACCCUCUUGGUCUUUCAGACCCAGAGGGUACUGGAGGAUUCAUCGAACCGAGAUGGUUAGCCUACGGAGAGAUCAUCAACGGACGGUUCGCUAUGUUGGGUGCAGCUGGAGCUAUUGCCCCUGAGAUUCUUGGCAAAGCUGGUUUGAUUCCAGCAGACACUGCCCUUCCUUGGUUCCAAACCGGUGUGAUUCCACCUGCAGGGACGUACAGCUACUGGGCAGACCCUUACACACUCUUUGUUCUCGAGAUGGCUUUGAUGGGAUUUGCUGAGCACCGGAGGUUGCAGGACUGGUACAACCCAGGAUCAAUGGGCAAACAGUACUUCUUGGGCUUAGAGAAAGGUUUUGCCGGUUCGGGUGACCCGUCUUACCCCGGGGGACCUUUCUUUAACCCUCUUGGGUUUGGGAAAGACGAGAAGUCAAUGAAGGAGUUGAAACUCAAGGAGGUCAAGAACGGUAGACUGGCUAUGCUCGCAAUCCUAGGCUAUUUUGUGCAAGGACUAGUAACCGGUGUGGGGCCAUACCAGAACCUUCUUGAUCAUUUGGCGGAUCCAGUCAACAACAAUGUCCUGACCAGCCUCAAGUUCCACUGAGAUGAUCUUCAUAUCAUCCCAUGUGUUUUAUGUUGGACUCUCAUUCUCUUGUAUCCUACAGUCUUCGUAUUGUACCACCCUUUGUAAACAUAUUAUAUCUUUGUAAGAUAUGAAAAUGUCAAUGGCCAAAAAGAACAACUUCUAGGAUUAAUAGUUGGGUUUUCCAAUCA